AUGGAGGCAUUGACGGAGCUCUGCGACAUUAUAGCGCAGAAUCCGAAGCAAUUCUCGGAGAAAUUGGCUUGGAUAUGCGGCCGUUGUCCUCAAACGGAAUGGCUGCUCGCCGAAUCGCCCAGGGUUGCUCGGAGUCAUCUCAACGCGGUCUUGGCUGUUGCUCGGAUUAUCUCCAAGAACCCAGAAAACACAGAUAAUCGUGCCAAAUCCGUCGUCAAGGACUUUCUCAGUGCUGUGCCUGCGUCGUUCCGCCGUUCGUUCUGGCCGCAUUCGUUCCCUUUGCAGUCGAUCUCUGCAUUCUAUUGUGAUUUCCUGAUCUACCUUUCGUGCGCCGCGGAUCUGUCGCCGGAAUUCGGCACCGAGGUUGCCAGGUUUACAGGAGAGGUCGUGAUAGCCGCCACGAGUUGCGGUGAGAGCGACGGGGAUCCAUCAAUCUCUAAGGCUUACUUGGUCGCGCUUUCUCAGAAUUUCCCGUCGAUUCUGCAGUCUGAUGGUGAUAAACUGAUAACAAUGCUGCUCGAUCAGUUUGUUCUGCACCGUGCUCCUGCUUCGCCCAAGGAACAGCGGCAGCAGAACUCGGCGAACUCUGAAACCUCGUCGUCCCAGAGCUCUCCCAAUAGUACGAACUGCUACCCCUCCGGAAAACCUGAGGAGUCUAGUCCUGGUGACGAAGUCGCUAGCCAUGGGUCCACCUUGUCUUCUAAGAGUUCCUCGUCUGUGGUGGUGAAUGGGGGUAGUAUCGUGUGGAAGAGUGGUGUUGAUCAGCUGAGCUUUGGAUUUAGCGAAGGGAGUGGAGGCUCUAACCCUGUGUUUAGACAACAAGUGGCUUCUUUUGAGGACGAAUCCAUCGAGAGCUUGGAGAAGCAAGAGAUUGCCUUUAGAUUGAUAACCCAUAUACUGGAUAAAGUUAAAAUUGAUUCUAAACUUCAGGAUCAAGUGAGAUUUAUAGCGAAGAGGCAACUCCAGUCCAUGUCUGCAUUUCUGAAGUCAAGAAAGCGAGACUGGAACGAACAAGGCCCAGUUUUGAAAGCUAGAGUCAAUGCCAAACUGUCUGUUUAUCAGGCUGCAGCAAAAAUGAAGAUUAAGAGCCUUGUAUCCCUUGAGACAGAUGGCAAAACCUCUAAAAGGUUGGUCCUGGAGACUCUUGCACUGCUAUUAGAUGCUGCAGAUGCCUGCUUGACUUCUGUGUGGCGGAAAAUGAAGGCAUGUGAAGAGCUGUUCGGCUCUCUGCUUUCUGGGAUUGCAAAGAUUGCAGUGGCAAGAGGAGGACAGCCACUACGUGUGUUGCUCAUCCGGCUUAAACCACUGGUACUGGCUGUCUGUGCACAGCCUGAUACUUGGGUGGGAAAUCAAGGGGCUAUGCUUGAGAGCAUAUUUAAGACUAGUUGUGAGAUUAUUGAAUCUGGGUGGGCCAAGGACCGAGCUCCAGUGGAUACCUUCAUUAUGGGGUUAGCCUCAAGUAUUCGUGAAAGAAAUGAUUAUGAAGAACAGGUUGAUAAAGAAAAGCAAGUGCCUGCUGUACAACUAAAUGUGAUACGGCUGCUUGCUGAUCUUAAUGUUGCUGUUAAGAAGCCCGAAGUAGCAGACAUGAUCUUGCCACUCUUUAUUGAAAGCCUGGAAGAGGGUGAUGCUUCAACUCCUAGCUUUUUGAGACUCCAACUUCUUGAUGCUGUUUCUCGCAUAGCAACAUUAGGUUUUGAAAAAUCUUACCGUGAGACAGUAGUUCUGAUGACCAGAAGUUACUUGAGCAAACUUUCGAGUGUAGGAUCUGUAGAAAGCAAAACAUCAGCACCAGAAGCCACAACCGAGCGUGUUGAGACUCUUCCUGCAGGUUUUCUUACAAUUGCCAGUGGUCUUACGGAUACAAAAUUGCGUUCAGACUAUCGCCAUCGCUUGCUUUCUUUAUGUUCAGAUGUAGGCCUGGCUGCCGAGUCCAAAAGUGGAGGGAGUGGUGUGGAUUUUUUAGGGCCUCUUCUUCCUGCAGUUGCAGAAAUAUGCUCUGAUUUUGAUCCUACUUUGGAUGUGGAACCUUCACUUUUGAAGUUGUUCCGCAAUCUCUGGUUCUAUAUAGCCCUUUUUGGUUUAGCACCACCUAUUGUGAAAGCUCCAACACCAGCAGUGAAGUCAACUUCCAAUUCAGUGAACGGUACGGGAAGCAUGAGCACAGUUGCUUUUCAAGCUGUGGGAGGGCCGUACAUGUGGAACACAGAGUGGGCUCUUGCUGUUCAGCGGAUUGCUCAAGGCACUCCCCCUCUUGUCGUCAGUUCUGUAAAAUGGCUUGAAGACGAAUUAGAACUCAACGCUCUUCAUAAUCCUGGUAGUCGUCGAGGAAAUGGAAAUGAGAAAGUUGCUUCAACCCAGAGACUUGCUCUUUCAACUGCCUUAGGUGGCCGAGUUGACGUUGCAUCAAUGGGCACCAUCUCAGGAGUGAAAGCUACCUAUUUGCUUGCUGUCGCUUUUCUGGAGAUCAUACGCUUUAUUAGCAACGGGGGUAUCCUUAACGGUGACUCAAGUGUCUCUGCCUCUAGAAGUGCCUUCAGUUGUGUCUUCGAAUAUCUGAAAACUCCAAAUCUUACUCCCGCUGUUUCCCAGUGUUUGACGGCAAUUGUGCAUAGAGCUUUUGAGACAGCAGUCUCGUGGCUGGAAGAUCGAAUAUCUCUUACUGGGAAAGAUGCACGUAACAGAGAACUGACAACGUAUGCACAUGCUUGUUUCCUCAUAAAGAGUAUGUCACAGAGAGAUGAACACGUUCGAGAUAUCUCUGUGAACCUGUUGACUCAACUACGGGACAAGUUUCCUCAGGUCCUCUGGCAUUCGUCGUGUCUCGAUAGUUUGCUGUUUUCAGUUCAUGACAAUACACCUUCAACUGUUGUCAAUGAUCCCGCUUGGACUGCUGCUGUUCGAUCCUUAUACCAGAAAGUUGUUCGAGAAUGGAUCAUAAUAUCACUUUCAUAUGCUCCAUGCACCAGUCAGGGUUUGCUUCAGGAUAAGCUAUGUAAGGCAAACACAUGGCAGCGAGCACAAACUACAACUGACGUGGUUUCUCUUCUAUCUGAGAUAAAGAUUGGAACUGGGAAAAACGAAAUUUGGUCUGGGAUAAGAACUGCAAAUAUUCCAGCGGUGAUGGCUGCAGCAGCUGCAGCGUCAGGGGCAAACUUAAAAGUUUCUGAAGCCUUUAACUUGGAGGUACUUGGUACUGGCGUAGUCAGUGCAACGGUAAAGUGCAAUCACGCUGGAGAGAUUGCUGGGAUGCGAAGGUUGUACAACAGUAUUGGUGGAUUUCAAGGGUCAACGCCUAGUGGUUUUGGUGGUGGCCUUCAAAGAUUAAUAUCUGGGGCAUUUUCCCAGGCACCACAACCAGAGGAUGAUUCAUUCAAUGAGAUGUUAAUCGCCAGGUUUGUGCGUCUUCUUCAGCAAUUUGUUAAUACUGCUGAAAAGGGUGGAGAGGUGGACAAGUCACAAUUCCGAGAAGUUUGUUCUCAAGCAACUGCACUUCUUUUGUCAAACCUGGGUGGUGAGUCGAAAACAAAUGUGGAAGGCUUUUCUCAGUUAUUGCGUCUCCUUUGUUGGUGUCCAGCAUAUAUAUCUACUCCAGAUGCGAUGGAAACUGGAAUUUUCAUUUGGACCUGGUUGGUUUCUGCUGCUCCUCAACUAGUAUCUCUUGUCCUUGCCGAACUUGUUGAUGCAUGGAUAUGGACAAUUGAUACAAAGCGAGGACUCUUUGCAUCUGAUGUGCGGUAUUCUGGCCCAGCUGCAAAGCUAAGGCCUCAUCUUGCCCCUGGGGAACCAGAAGAUCAACCUGAAAGUGACCCUGUUGAUCAAAUAGUAGCUCACAGACUGUGGCUUGGUUUUUUGAUAGAUCGUUUUGAGGUUGUUCGACAUAAUAGUGCGGAGCAACUGUUGCUGCUAGGUCGGAUGUUGCAACGUAGUACAGACCUUGAUUGGUGCUUUACUCGCCACCCUGCAGCUGCUGGUACCUUUUUUUCUCUGAUGCUCCUUGGACUGAAGUUCUGCUCAUGCCAAACACAAGGCAAUAUGCAGAAAUUUAAGUCUGGACUUCAGCUGUUGGAAGAUAGAAUUUACAGGACAUCUUUAGGCUGGUUUGCCCAUCAGCCAGAGUGGUAUGAUGUAAAUAUUCCGAACUUUUGUCAAAGCGAGGCUCUAUCUGUUUCAGUUUUUGUUCACUUUUUAUCGAACGAGCUAUCAGAUUUAAGUCAAUCUGAUUCGAAAGGAAAACCUCGUGAAAGUGGGAACUUAAUUGAUGUGACUGAUCAGUACCAUCCUGUUUGGGGUGAGAUGGACAACUACACUGUAGGAAAGGAAAAAAGGAAGCAGUUGCUUUUAAUGCUCUGCCAGCAUGAAGCUGACAGGCUUGACGUUUGGGCACAACCUAUUAGCUCAAAGGAUAGUCCAUACUCGCGGCUGAAAAUAAGCACUGAGAAAUGGACCGAAUAUGCUAAAACGGCCUUUUCAGUAGACCCUCGCAUUGCUUUAUCAGUCGCCUCAAGAUUUCCUGCAAAUGCUGCUGUGAAAUCUGAAGUCACUCAGCUGGUUCAGACACAUAUUGUAAAUCUUCGUACAAUUCCUGAGGCAUUGCCGUAUUUUGUUACACCCAAAAAUGUUGAAGAGAACUCAGUGCUGUUGCAACAGCUACCACACUGGGCUGCUUGUUCAAUUACACAGGCUCUUGAGUUCCUCACUCCUGCUUAUAAAGGACAUCCACGUGUCAUGGCAUAUGUCCUAAGAGUUUUAGAGUCUUACCCUCCUGAGCGAGUUACUUUCUUCAUGCCGCAGUUGGUGCAGUCUUUGCGAUAUGAUGACGGGAGGCUGGUUGAAGGGUAUCUUCUUAGAGCUACCCAGAGAAGCGACAUAUUUGCCCAUAUUCUCAUUUGGCAUUUGCAGGGUGAGUCUGUUCAGGAAACACCCAAGGAAGCAGCGAAGGAUGGUUCUAUUGAUAAGAAUGCAGCAUUCCAAGAAAUUUUGCCGGAGGUUCGGCAGCAUAUCAUCGAUGGAUUCACUCCCAGUGCCUUGGACAUGUUCAAUAGGGAGUUUGCCUUCUUUGACGAGGUUACAUCUAUCUCCGGGGUGCUAUUUCCUCUCCCAAAGGAAGAACGCAGAGCCGGUAUCCGGAGGGAGUUAGAGAAAAUUGGAAUGCAGGGAGAUGACCUUUAUUUACCAACUGCUCCUAGCAAGCUUGUCAGGGGUAUCCGGGUUGACAGUGGAAUACCAUUACAAUCAGCUGCCAAAGUCCCUAUCAUGAUUACUUUUAACGUUGUGGAUCGUGAUGGUGACCACAAUGACGUAAAACCACAGGCUUGCAUUUUCAAGGUUGGAGAUGAUUGCCGGCAAGAUGUUCUUGCCCUUCAAGUGAUAUCUCUUCUUAGAGACAUAUUUCAAGCGGUUGGUCUCAAUCUUUAUCUUUUUCCAUAUGGAGUACUCCCAACUGGUGCGGAGAGGGGCAUAAUUGAGGUUGUGCCUAAUACACGAAGCAGAAGUCAAAUGGGUGAAACAACCGACGGGGGUCUGUAUGAGAUUUUUCAACAAGACUAUGGACCCGUCGGCUCAACCACGUUUGAGACAGCACGAGAGAACUUCCUCAUCAGCAGUGCCGGUUAUGCUGUAGCUAGUCUUUUACUCCAGCCUAAAGACAGACACAAUGGAAAUCUCCUCUUCGACGACGUGGGAAGACUUGUCCACAUCGACUUUGGUUUCAUUUUGGAAACUUCGCCUGGUGGGAACAUGCGGUUCGAGAGUGCUCAUUUCAAACUGAGCCACGAAAUGACUCAGUUGCUAGAUCCCUCAGGUGUAAUGAAGAGCAAAACAUGGCAUCAAUUCGUGAGCUUGUGCGUCAAAGGAUACUUAGCUGCUCGUCGGUACAUGGACGGAAUCAUAAGCACGGUGCAGAUGAUGCUAGACAGUGGAUUGCCAUGCUUUAGCAGAGGAGAUCCAAUUGGUAACCUCAGGAAAAGAUUUCACCCAGAGAUGAGCGAACGCGAAGCUGCACAUUUCAUGAUUCAUGUAUGUACCGAUGCCUAUAACAAGUGGACUACUGCUGGAUACGACUUGAUUCAGUAUCUGCAACAAGGCAUCGAGAAGUAA